ACAAAAACGUUCCCAGAAUGCUUCGCGUCACUGUUGCGCUCCUCUCUUUGGUUGUUUCAAACAUGGAGGAGAGAGAGAGAACACGUGUGAAGUCAGACAGUAAACAAACGGAGAAAGCGACCUGUUCGAGCACGCCUGCAGUACCGGAGCAUGAACCGGAUAAAACAGACGUCUGCUCGGAUAACUUCGACCCUCUCUUGGCCUUGUACUCUCCCACUGUGCGGCUUCCUUUCCCAAACAUCAGGAGCUUCAACAAUGUGGCUGCGUACGAGAGCUUCCUGAAGGGCGGCCGCGGCAGAGCCAAGCCGGAGAAUGUGGAGAAGAGGCGGCAGAAGAAGAUGAGAGGGGUGGCGGACCCGGAGCGCAUCGAGCGGCUGAAGAAGAUGAUGGUGAACAACCCGACCGGAGAGGAGGAGGGGGAGAGCAGCGGGACAGCGCCGAGGAGGAGGAGGCAGAAGACACAGAAGAAUGUCCUGACAAGGAUGCCCUUAAGUAAAGGCAGUCCUUUGGGGGAGCUGUACCGAUGCGUUGAGGAGAGGAUAAGGGUCAAAGUUCACAUCAGGACCUUCAAGGGACUGAGGGGAGUGUGCUCUGGCUUCGUCGUGGCCUUCGACAAGUGCUGGAACAUGGCGAUGGUGGAUGUAGAUGAGACAUACAGGGAGCCUCUGCUCGGAGAGGCCUUCUACCAUGAAAAGGCCCUCACAAUUUCACGGCUCUUUGAGAAGCUAAAGCUCCAGGAGAACCCAGGAGGUGAUGAGCCAGCAAAGAAGCACGAAGAAGCCCAGGAAACGGCCAGCAAGCAUCAGCCCGCAAACCCCAAAAGUAUUCCGAAAAACCCGUCUGCUCACCCCACAAGCAAAAGAAGGGACAGCAGGACGGAGUCCAAACUGUCCGACACUGUUAAAGUCAAACAGGAACAACAACACAAAGUCUCGCUGAAGGCCCAGCAGGGUCCAGAGGGCCGUCGGAAGAAAGACUCCCAGACGACGUACGGCAAGGUCCACACACGCCACAUCAACCAGCUGUUCAUCCGGGGGGAGAACGUUCUCCUGGUUAACCCACAGCCGCUGUCUUCUGUUUGAUAAAAAAAAAAGGUGGGCUACAACCACAGUCAAUUCAAUUUAAGUUCUAUUUUUACGCUGUAAUGAUAGGUGUGAAAUACUGUAGAUGAACUGCCGGAGAUUCAGAGGAAUCAAACAAGAAAUUGUUGUUAUAUCAUAUUGAUAUGGAUGGAGGUGUUUCUCUGAGAAAUUAUCUUGAUUUUGAGCAAUAAAAGCUUCUCAGUUCUAAUUAUA